ACCCCUAUGAACCAGGCAUCCACGCGUUCCCACUGCAUCUUCACCAUGCACGUGUGUGGCCGCGAGCCCGGCUCGGUCACCAUGCGGCGCUCCAAGCUGCACCUGGUGGACCUGGCGGGUUCAGAGCGGGUGGGCAAGACGGGCGUGUGUGGGCAGCUGCUCACAGAGGCCAAGUACAUCAACCUGUCGCUGCACUACCUGGAGCAGGUCAGAGUUCAGAGGUCACAUGGGGUUUAAACAGGGAGGGGAACAAGGUCGUACGAGGGGGAGGGCAGAGAGGAGGAGGAGGAGGGUUGUUGUGGGUUUUACGCAUACUUCCUCACAGACGUAGAAGUCGACUCCAGGUGUCGUAAAAAAGCUCCUUGCCAUCCUAUGUUUGAUGUCAUCCUCCUACUAUGUUUGAUGUCAUCCUCCUACUAUGUUUGAUGUCAUCCUGCUGAAUGCAACCUUAAAUCUCUGAACAAUUGAUAGUUGGAGUAUUUCUGUCCAUCAGCCGAAAUGUUUGUUUUUGCUCUUGUUGCCUCUUACUUAAUAAAAUAGCAUAAAAGAGUGCGGCACCUGUAAACAAAUGAAUCUGAUCUAGUACUCAAAUUCCUCUUCGUCUUCCCCUCUCUUCCCUCUCUCUCUGAGUCAGGUUAUCAUUGCUCUCUCGGAGAAGAACCGCUCGCACAUUCCCUACCGAAAUUCCAUGAUGACGUCGGUGCUGCGGGACAGCCUGGGAGGGAACUGCAUGACUACCAUGAUCGCCACUGUGUCUGUGGACAAGAGAAAUGUUGAUGUAAGAGUUCCCCAUUCACUCCCUUUGCUGUCACCAUGGGCCAAAUCCUAUAGUUUGUAA